AUGGCGCAAGACGAGUCUAUUGCCGAUGCUGAGAAGGAGGUGCUGGAGUUGGAAGCGCGUCUGGCCGCGGCGAGGGGCAAGUUGAAGAGUCUCAACUCGGCUCUACCACUAGGCUCGUUCGCCUUCAGCAGCGGUCUCGAGUCCUACUUAGCGCACACCCGAGGCCGCUCCUCCUUCAACAUCUUCCUUCCAGAAUCCAUCUCCGCCUACGCCUCGACGACGCUUCCCUUCGUCCUCGCAGCGCACCGCGAUCCCUCUGCGGUCGCGGAGCUGGACGACUUUCUCGACGCAGCAAUCAUCUGCACCGUCGGCCGCCGCGCCUCCAUAGCGCAAGGCCGCGCGCUGCUGUCCAUCUGGGAACGCUCCUUCGCCUCGUCUCUGCCCCGCGAUGUAGUCGAGACAUUACAGCCAUACGCGGCCAUGUUAAAGUCUGCGUCGUCCAGACCGAGCGCCGAUGAGUCUGACGACCCGCCGCUGGUGUUUACGCAUCUUGCGCCCCUUUUCGGGGCCAUCUGCAACUUGGUCGGGCUCACCCUGCAUCAGACGGCGUAUGUCUUCAUGAUGGGCCACAUCAAGGCUCUGGUAUCGGCGGCCGUGAGAGCGAGCAUGUUCGGGCCAUACCAGGCGCAGAAGGUCCUUGCUAGUGGACAAGUCCAACAAAUCAUCACUGCCGCUAUCGAGAGGGAGUGGGAGACACCAGUAGAGCGAGCCGGGCAGACGAUGCCCGUCAUGGAUUUAUGGAUAGGCAGACACGAAGUUCUGUAUUCACGAAUAUUCAACAGCUGA